UACCUAGAAGAAGAAUACCGUAAAGGAGCUAGAGAAGAUGAUCCAAUGCCUCCUGUACAGCCUUAUCAUUAUGGAUCUCAUUACUCAAAUAGUGGAACAGUUCUUCACUUCCUGGUUAGAAUGCCUCCUUUCACAAAGAUGUUUUUAGCUUAUCAAGAUCAGAGCUUUGAUAUUCCAGACAGAACCUUCCAUUCUACUAACACAACUUGGCGCCUUUCAUCAUAUGAAUCCAUGACUGAUGUAAAGGAACUUAUCCCAGAAUUUUUUUAUCUUCCUGAGUUUUUAGUUAACAGGGAAGGUUUUGAUUUUGGGGUACGUCAGAAUGGUGAAAGAGUAAACCAUGUGAACCUCCCACCAUGGGCUCGAAAUGAUCCAAGAUUAUUUAUCCUCAUCCACCGUCAAGCUUUAGAGUCUGACCAUGUUUCCCAAACCAUCUGCCAUUGGAUUGAUUUAGUAUUUGGGUAUAAACAAAAAGGCAAGGCCUCAGUUCAAGCUAUCAAUGUCUUUCAUCCUGCUACAUAUUUUGGAAUGGAUGUGUCAGCUGUUGAAGAUCCAGUCCAAAGAAGAGCUCUAGAGACUAUGAUAAAAACAUAUGGGCAGACUCCUCGCCAGCUGUUCCACACUGCACAUGUCAGCAGACCUGGAUCAAAGCUUCUCAUGGAAGGAGAACUCCCUGCUGCCAUGGGAUUAUUAGUGCAGUUUGCAUUCAGAGAAACAAGGGAGCAUGCUAAAGAGAUGGUCUAUCCAAGUCCUUUACCUUGGAUCAGAGGCUUAAAAUGGGGGGAAUAUGUAGGUUCCCCCAGUGCUCCUGAUCCCGUUGUCUGUUUUAGCCAGCCACAUGGAGAAAGAUUUGGCUCCUUGCAGGCUUUACCAACUAGAGCAAUUUGUGGUUUGUCCCAAAAAUUCUGCCUUCUGAUGAUCUACAGCAAAGAGCAAGGUGUUAGAAGCAUGCACAGUACAGAUAUCCAGUGGUCGGCCAUUCUGAGUUGGGGAUAUGCAGACAAUAUUUUAAGAUUAAAAAGCAAGCAAAGUGAACCUCCAGUAAACUUUAUACAGAGCUCACAGUUUCACCAGGUAACAAGUUGUGCCUGGGUGCCAGACAGUUGUCAACUUUUUACUGGUAGCAAAUGUGGAGUUAUUACAGCGUAUAUGAACAGAUUCACUAGUAGUACUCCCUCUGAAAUUGACAUGGAGUCUCAGAUGCAUCUGUACGGGCACACAGCAGAGAUCACCAGCUUGCUAGUCUGCAAACCCUAUAGUAUCAUGAUAAGUGUGAGCAAAGAUGGAACCUGUAUCAUAUGGGAUUUGAACAGGCUCUGCUAUGUGCAAAGUCUUGCUGGGCACAAAAGUCCUGUUACGGCAGUGUCUGCUAGUGAAACAACAGGGGACAUUGCAACUGUUUGUGAUUCAGUUGGUGGUGGUAGUGAUCUCAGACUCUGGACAGUCAAUGGUGACCUGGUGGGACAUGUACAUUGCAGAGAAAUCAUAUGCUCUGUUGCUUUCUCCAACCAGCCUGAAGGAGUCUCUAUCAAUGUGAUUGCUGGAGGGCUAGAAAAUGGAGUUGUGAGAUUGUGGAGCACAUGGGAUUUGAAACCUGUGCGGGAAAUUACAUUUCCUAAAUCAAAUAAACCAAUUGUCAGCCUUACCUUUUCGUGUGAUGGCCAUCAUUUGUACACAGCAAAUAAUGAAGGAACAGUGAUCUCUUGGUGUCGCAAGGACCAACAGCGCUUGAAGCUUCCUAUGUUCUACUCAUUCCUUAGUAGCUAUGCAGCUGGUUGACAGCUCUGCGGGCUUCUCAGCCUUGGUGAACUGUGAAGCACUUUCAGCACAGAGUGGACUGUGGAGCCUCUUUGGUUUUGCCAGAUUUUGAAGUACAUUAAAUGACUUUGCCAUCAGCAAGCAGAUCAUUGAUGUCAAUUAAAGGCUGCUAUGUAUGCUCAUGCACCAAAUUUAUAAACCACAUCACAGUGAUAGGAAAAUCCUGGCUUGCCUUUUUUGGUACCAAGAGGAUGCUAAGGGCGCUAUCCCAGAAGUAUAUAUGCUGCAGUAUGUUAUGCAACAUAAACAUAUUUUUAUGGAUAAUUU